CCAUUAUAGCCCCAACAGGACCCCAAGACCACCCUCCGUAGCCAUUGUGGCUUAAGCCGUUCUGGUUCAAGCCACCUUUUGGGCAGUGGCGAUCUCGAAUUUAGCAGUGUGUGUGAUUGCUGCCCAGCCAGUAUCCCACCAGCCAUGCUCAGCCCGCGCGCGAUGUUCCAAGAAGUUGAAGCGGAUCUCGCCGAGCAGUGGAAGUGUAAGGCGGUGCGUCCCGAGACGAAGUGGCUCAGCUCGGCCCCCACGCGAUGCCCAACGUCAGAGCUGCUCGCCUUCAGCGACGACCAGGGCGCCGACGCGCACAAGGAGAGCUGGGGCGCCACCGCGCUGCCAGGGGGCGGCGAGGAGCCAGCGCUCCUCGAGACGGCGCUGCUCGAGGCGGUGUCCUUCGGGGACGGGCAAGCCCAGCUGGGGCCUGCGAUGCCGGCGCCGACGGUGGCCCCGCUCCGGCGGCUCCGCUCCGAGGCCUUCUGGGAGCAGAGGGCGGCUGCCUCCUGGCGACCGCCGUGCUCGCCUUGGGAGGCGGGGGUGAGGCAGCGGCGCCCGUGUCUCGACGCACGCGGCUGCCUCGCACCAGAUGCGGUCGCGACGCCAGCAGCAGAGGGCGCCGAGGGCGAAGGCGCCGCGGGCAGCCCCAGGCGCUGGGCGGGCGCCGUCUCCAGGGAGCUGCGCCGCGGGGCGCGCGGGCGCGUUGCGCCGCCUGCCCCGCCGCGAGGGUCGCCCUUGGCAGCGCCGGGGGCUGCUCUGAGGUCGCGCGGCCGUUCGUACCACCCGGUCGGGAGCCGCUGGGAGCCGCGGCGGGGGUGAGUUGGAGGAGUGCCGAGCUGCCUUGCCAGCGUCUGGCCGCGUCCGGGGCGAGCCGUGCGUUCGUCUCUGGUGCGCACUCCGACCGUCGGCAGCUCCGGUGGCGCAUUAUUAUGGCAGCCUCGGGCCGGCUACGCCAGGGUCCAAGACGGGGUCUCUGCAACCCGGUAGGCCUGUCGCGCUGGGCUGUCACACAUUCGAGCCUCGAGAGCGGGGGCGUGUCUCUGUGCGGUGCUGCUCACCAGCGAAGCGCAGCGCCCAGUGCCGUUGCACUCGGCCGGCGGGUUGGCCCUGUCGGCCUCUGUCGGCCUCUCCAGAGAGGUCGUUGCCUCUUGCUAUCAAGGGGGGAAACACACACAGACACAACUAAUCGUCGAUUCCCCAGAAGUAUGGGAAACUAUGAGAAGUGGGGGGGAAGACAAACACCCAG